CCCUCCAGCUCCUGCUGACAUUUUAUAUUCCGACACAGCCGUUUAAAAAUCGGUGAAUUCGGGCGCUGAGAUGCCGGGCAUGAUGGACAAAGGCUCGGAGUAUUUGGGGAAAGGUCGCUCCAACGGCACGAAGAGUCCGUCCAACGCUUCUAACGGACAUUUUUCUGACGAAAGCGGCAGCGACGACGAGCACGAUGUCGGGAUGCGAGUCGGAGCCGAUUACCAGGCCAACAUUCCCGAGUUUGAGCCCGGCUCCACCAAGUACACAGACAAAGACAGCGGGGGGAUGCUGGUCUGGUCUCCGUAUCACACCAUCGUCGACUCCAAGCUGGAUGAAUACAUCGCUAUCGCCAAAGAGAAACAUGGAUACAACGUGGAGCAGGCUCUCGGCAUGCUCUUCUGGCACAAACACAACAUAGAGAAGUCUCUGGCCGACCUGCCAAACUUCACUCCGUUUCCAGACGAGUGGACGGUGGAGGACAAGGUGCUGUUUGAACAGGCCUUCAGCUUCCACGGCAAGAGCUUCCACCGCAUCCAGCAGAUGUUACCGGACAAAUCCAUCUCCAGUCUGGUGAAGUACUACUACUCGUGGAAGAAGACCCGCUCCAGAACCAGUCUGAUGGACCGGCAGGCUCGUAAACUGGCCAGCAGGAACAACCAGGACGACAGCGAUGAGGAGAUGGAGGACGCCAAUCCCAUCGAAGCCAACGACAGCGACUAUGACCCCAACAAGGAAGCUAAGAAAGAGAACCAGGUGGAGCCGCCGGUGCCGGGCGCUAAGGUGGCUCUGGGUCGACGGGAGCACCAGACCCUGCAGCACCGACACCACCAGCGCUCCCGCUGCCGGCCCCCCAAAGGCAUGUACCUGACCCAGGAAGACGUGGUGGCCGUGUCCUGCAGCGCCUCCGCCGCCAACACCCUCCUCCGUCAGCUGGACAUGGAGCUGGUGUCCCUCAAGAGACAGGUCCAGAACGCCAAACAGAUGAACAGCGGACUCAAACACAUGUUGGAGUCUGGGAUCGAAGAGUUCAGGCUGCCUGAGUGUAACCAGAAGGUGAACGCUCGCUGGACCACGGACGAGCAGCUCCUGGCUGUUCAAGGUGUCAGGAAGUACGGGAAGGACUUUCAGGCCAUCGCAGACGUGAUAGGCAACAAGACGGUGGGCCAGGUGAAGAACUUCUUUGUGAACUACCGGCGGCGCUUCAACUUGGAGGAGGUGCUGCAGGAGUGGGAGGCCGAGCAGGGGACGCGAGCGCCCAACGGAGACAGCGCCACCUCUGGAGAGGAGGGGAAGAACAGCUCCACCACUCCGUCAGGGAAGAGUACUGACGAAGAAGACGAAGAGGGUCAGGUGACCUCCUCAGGUGCGUCUCCUGCUGCCUCCUCUUCUUCUAUUUCAGCUCAGACUCCGGUGACGUCCAGCACCACCUCUUCCUCUUCCCUCCACCAGCCCCCUCCUCUCCUGCGGCCCUCCCUGCCGGCCACGCCGUCCCUGCACCGCCAGCCACCGCCCCUCCAACAGCAGGCCCGUUUCCUGCAGCCCCGCCCCACGCUGCAGCAGCCCCCGCCUCUUAUCCGCCCCUCCAACCCCCUGCCCCCCCGCCUCAACCCUCGCCCUCCCGCUCCCAUGACCCUCGGUGGGAACCUCGGGGGGUCAGGCCCAAGCUCCGCCCAGCAGCCCUCGGGUCUGGCCAUCCACCAAUCAGAGACGGCCUCGUCCUCCUCCCUUCACUAACGAACGUUGGACUGAGUUUCUGUUGAAGAGACAAGAAAGAAAAUAAUCAUUCUCAAUCUGAAGCUGCAGCGUUCAGGUCCUGUGGGAAAAUCUGAGUGACAGAGCUUUUCCACUCUGACACAUUUACACAAAACAAAAUCAGAAAUCUUAAUCUGAGUUUUUAAUAUUUGGUGAGUGUUCGUGUAUGUGUUCGGGGUUGAAGUUUGCAUUUCCCACAGGACUUAAAUGCAGCGUACCUGUUGGCUGAUGGGAACCUGGUUCUAAAAUCUUUGUUUCAUUAAAGGAGCUUUGACUAGAAGUCAUCCAGUCCGAACACAGAUGAUUAAAUCAGCGUCUUUUCAGUCAUCAGCUAAUCCUCAACUGACAUGUGGCGUCCCUCAGGGUUCAAUCCUGGGUCCCUUCUUUUUCUCCAUGAGUACGUCUCCACCUUUUCCGCCAUCAGUUUGUUUCCUUAACCACAAACAAAAAUGACAUCAGCACUUCCUGUAAAACCCUUUUCAAAGCCAGUGAUUUAAUAAAACUCAUAAACUCGUUUUUAAUAUAACAAGACUAAGAGUCAACAGCCAUGCUAGCAGCCCUGGAAGCUGUACUGAGGCACUAAGUUAAAUGCUAAUGUCAGCAUGCUAACAUACAUAUUAUCAAU